AUGGAAAACGCAUCGUUAUCUGUCAAUAAUACUAUUGAUCAUAACUGGUGUUUACCAUGGACUAAACCCAUCUAUCUAUAUGGACAUUUAAUUCCAGCUAUUGCUUUAUUUAUUUUUGGUGUUACUUUCAAUCCAAUAGCACUUUAUUAUUUUGCAACGUCGCGCAAUUUUCGUCGUACAGCCUAUUCAUAUUAUUUUUCAGCCAUUGCUUUUGUUGAUCUUGUUCGUUUAAUAAUAUGGUGUCUAUUUUUAUUACUCGAUUAUAAAAUAUUUAAAUUACGUUUUCAUUCAUUUGAAUGUUCGACACAAAUUUUUGUAGAAUCAGUCACAAGUUCAAUUAGUGCUUGGUUAACCGUUUCCUUAGCUAUUGAACGUUGUUUAGCUGUAUCUAUACCAUUUCAAACAUACACUGACACAAGAGGCAAACGUGCUCUUAUUAUUAUACCUAGUGUUGUUUUGGCAUCAUGUGCGAUUAAUUCGCUUUUUCUACAAACACGGUUCUAUGAAAAAAGAGUGUAUGUCAAAGAAACUCAAACAAUAAUAUGUUAUUAUAAUACAUUUUCAAAUGGAAAUGUAACAGUUCAUGAUAAUCCAUUCACCUUAACAGCAAAUAUCAAACGAAUAUAUUUAUUAUUUAUAGUAAUAAUUCGUGUUGCUAUUCCAUUUAUGCUACUUCUUACAGCAAAUAUUAUACUUCUUGGAAGUGUGCGUAAAAAUGAAAAACAAUCAACAAAGUAUGCGAAGAUAUUAUUAGUGCGUCAUGGUCGUCAACGACAAAUAACACCGAUGAUAUUGUUUUCGUCAUGUAUUAUUUUACUAACAAUUUCACCUCGAUAUUUACUUCAAUUUUAUUUUAAUUUUUUUCAACAAUCCUUCAAUUGUUCAUUAAUACAUUUUGCUCCACAUGUAUUAAAAACAUUAGAAUUAUUUAAUUAUUCAUUCAAUGUGUUCGUAUCUGUUGUUAGUGGUAAAAAUGCUCGUCGUGAAUUAUUCAAUAUGUUAUCAUGUCGAUCAACAAGUUUAAAUUCAAAAUAUAAUGGAUCAUCAGAACAUUAUUCAGUUGUUUUAUCUAAAAUGACCUAUCAAAAUCGAUCAAAACACAACACUAAUAAUCAAAUGAAUUCAACUAAUACAGCGCUUCUUACUAAUAAUACAGAUUUUCAUUAA